AUGGCCCUGGUGACCCUGCAGCGCUCACCCACGCCCAGCGCCGCCUCCUCCUCGGCCAGCAACAGCGAGUUGGAGGCUGGCAGCGAUGAAGAUCGAAAGUUAAACCUCAGCCUAAGUGAGAGCUUUUUCAUGGUGAAAGGAGCCGCCCUCUUCUUACAACAGGGAAACAGCCCUCAAGGCCAGCGGAGUCUUCAGCACCCCCACAAACAUGCAGGUGACCUGCCCCAACAUCUUCAAGUGAUGAUCAACCUUUUGCGUUGUGAAGACAGAAUCAAGCUGGCCGUGCGCUUGGAGAGUGCCUGGACGGACCGCGUCCGCUACAUGGUGGUGGUGUACAGCAGUGGGCGCCAGGACACCGAGGAAAAUAUCUUGCUGGGAGUUGACUUUUCCAGUAAGGAAAGUAAAAGCUGCACCAUUGGGAUGGUCCUCCGACUGUGGAGUGACACAAAAAUCCACCUGGAUGGAGACGGUGGAUUCAGCGUGAGCACAGCAGGAAGGAUGCACAUAUUUAAGCCUGUGUCUGUCCAGGCCAUGUGGUCUGCCCUGCAGGUGCUUCAUAAGGCCUGUGAGGUGGCACGAAGACACAACUACUUCCCCGGCGGCGUGGCUCUCAUCUGGGCCACCUACUAUGAGAGCUGUAUCAGCUCUGAGCAGAGCUGUAUCAACGAGUGGAACGCCAUGCAGGACCUGGAGUCCACGCGGCCCGACUCCCCAGCACUGUUUGUGGACAAGCCAACUGAAGGGGAAAGGACUGAGCGCCUCAUCAAAGCCAAACUCCGAAGCAUCAUGAUGAGCCAGGAUCUAGAAAACGUGACCUCCAAAGAAAUCCGUAAUGAAUUAGAGAAGCAGAUGAACUGUAACUUGAAAGAAUUUAAGGAAUUCAUAGACAACGAGAUGCUCCUUAUCUUGGGACAGAUGGACAAGCCCUCCCUUAUCUUCGAUCAUCUUUAUCUCGGCUCUGAAUGGAAUGCAUCCAAUCUGGAAGAACUGCAGGGCUCAGGGGUUGACUACAUUUUAAAUGUUACUAGAGAAAUAGAUAAUUUUUUCCCUGGCUUAUUUGCAUAUCAUAACAUCCGAGUCUAUGAUGAAGAGACAACAGAUCUUCUUGCCCACUGGAAUGAAGCAUAUCAUUUUAUAAACAAAGCAAAGAAGAACCAUUCUAAGUGCCUGGUACAUUGCAAGAUGGGCGUCAGCCGAUCUGCCUCCACAGUCAUAGCCUAUGCCAUGAAGGAAUUUGGCUGGCCUCUCGAAAAGGCCUACAAUUACGUGAAGCAAAAGCGCAGCAUCACACGACCCAAUGCAGGCUUCAUGAGGCAGCUGUCAGAGUAUGAAGGCAUCUUGGACGCAAGCAAACAGCGGCAUAACAAGCUGUGGCGUCAGCAAACAGAAAGCAGCCUCCAGCCACCUGUGGAAGACCCUGCAGGACCCGGUGACUUCCUCCCAGAGACCCUGGAUAGCACCCCAGAGACCGAGGCACCCUGCCUGGAGGAAUCUGCCCAGCCCAUCUUCCCAGGCAGCAGGGCCCCUGGAGGGCCUGCUCUCCCGUGCUGUUUCCGGAGACUCUCAGACCCCCUCCUGCCUUCUCUCGAUGGUGAUACUGCCAGCUCAGUCCAGCUCCAGGACCUUGAGAGGGAUGCUCUUUUGGAGGAAGCAGCCCAGCCUGGGGAGGUACACAGGUCAGCCAGAUGUCCCCAGGAAGGUCCCAGGCUCUGUGAGAAGGAUGCCAAGAAGAAACUAGAAGUCGGGAGCCCCACACCCCCGAGUGGCUCCUUGCCUCAGGCAGAGGAGAUGGACAGGGAGGACAGCCCAGAAGCAGGGAGGUGGGGGCAGCCUCCACCCCAGCUUACCCGGGAAAAUCUAAAUAACAACAACAGCAAGCGGAGCUGUCCAGAUGACUUUGAGCACGACGCUAUAUUUGGGAUCCUUAACAAAGUGAAGCCCUCCUACAAAUCCUGUGCUGACUGCAUGUACCCUCCAGCCAGCGGGGCCCCCGAGGCCUUUGGGGAGCGAUGUGAGGACCCCUCUGCCCCUGCCAUCUGCACCCAGCCCGCCUUCCUGCCCCAUGUCACGUCUUCCCCUGUGGCCCACACAGCCAGCCGGCCCCGGUUCCAGGAGAAGCCAGCGUCUGGCCCCACCGAAACCCCCCAACUCCUCCCACCAGCAGGCUCCAGGAGGCCAGACACCAGUGGUUCUGGGGCUUCCCCAGGGCUACCAGCCAGUCUAUUGGAACCUUCUAGAGAGACCCUGAAAGUCCUGCCAAAGUCCCUCUUUUUGAAGAAUUCUCACUGUGAUCAGAGCCCUCCCAGCAUGGAAGUGGUGAAGGAAGAGCCAUCACCCAGGAAAGAUGCGAAGCCUGCUAAGGACCUUAGGCUUCUGUUCAGUAACGAGGGUGAGAAAUCCAUGACCAACAGCUACUUGAUGCAGCACCAAGAGUCUAUCAUCCAGCUGCAGAAGGCAGGCCUGGUCCGCAAGCACACCAAAGAGCUAGAGAGGUUAAAGAGCACACCUGCAGACCCGGCCACUCCCUGCAGGGACUGCACAGCUGGCAGGCUGGAGGCCAGUGUCCCCGAGGAGACCCAGGAUCCCGCAGCCCUCCAGGAGCCAAGUCCCCUGCCAUUCCCCAGCCCAGGCGGGAGCGAUGAGAAAUCAGAGGCUAUCCCCCUACCCUUGGAGGGAACCUCACUGAAGAGCCCCCCUCCCUUCCUCUGCCGCCUGGAUCAUACCAGUAAUUUCUCAAAAGACUUUCUGAAGACCAUCUGCUACACCCCCACCUCCUCUUCCAUGAGCUCCAACCUGACUCGGAGCUCCAGCAGCGACAGCAUCCACAGUGUCCGCGGGAAGCCUGGGCUGGUGAAGCAGCGCACCCAGGAGAUCGAGACCCGGCUGCGGCUGGCAGGCCUCACCGUCUCAUCCCCACUGAAGCGCUCACACUCACUUGCCAAGCUUGGGAGUCUCAACUUCUCCACGGAAGACCUAUCCAGUGAGGCCGACCCAUCUACCAUCACUGACUCCCAAGAUGCUACGAUGAGCGAGUCUUCCUUCUUGCGUGAGCCCCAGGUCCCCCCAAGGAACGCAUCUGCAGUCUCCAAACCAUCAGGGAAAUCUGCCCCAGAAAACUUGAAGAGCCCCACCUGGAAGAGCAAGAGCUGACCCGCCUUCCGCUUCACAGGGACGUACGUCUUCAUGAUUCCUCCCGUUGUCAUUUCACUAUGGAUUUGGGUCAGCCCCUUACAUCUCGAUUUCCCGUAAACAACUGAAGUCAUCCUAAUUUUCCCCCAUCUUGGCACAACGAGGAGGAGAAGAAACAAAAAUAACUUAACAUGUGGCACAAGAAGAAAGGGGGGCUGUCAGCUGUGUGGCCUGGGGGAGCCAGAAACCAUCAGCCAGCAGACACAGGACUCUCUGCUCCCAAGUCCUGUGUCUUCAAGAAAAAUCACGCUUUGAAAAGAAUGUGCCCAGACACACACCCACGUCCAAACUUCUCCAUUCACAGCCUGCAGAAGAAGAGUUGUGGCGAUGCCAUUGCCACAGCAGACGUUCUAGCUCAGCCUGGCCCUCUCAGAAAACUUGGAUGACAACAUAAGUCCUACCUCUGUUCUUGCUGUGCUUUUUAUUUUUAAAAUACAAGAACAACCAAGGGAAUAAUGCUGUGUUAGAAAGGGUUUUUCCCAGAAAAAAAAAAAAAAGAAUUUUCUCUUGUUCUGUUUUUGGGGGGUUUGUUUUGUUUUGUUUUCUUUUGGUUGGGACCCCAGAUGUGUCAAGACUCUUAACUGCCCCAGGCAGGGCUUGGUAACCCCCCAUGCUGUGAUUGAGCUCACUCUGUGCUGAGUGGCAGCAAAAGCUCACUCUCCCCUGGUUCUGUUGUUACAGCUGAGCUAUGUGUGUUUGACCAGCACAGGGAGGGCAGGUGGGGAAAGUGUGUGUGGGGGUUUCAGUUGUUGCUAGUGCUGAAAUUCAGAGCGCUCCUAGUGGAAGGGAGGGACCCACCCAGCGUUGCUGAUCCCCACCUGCCGCUGAACUGGACUUGCUUACCUUUAUUUAGGUUUUAAAAGUGCCCAAGUGUCCGGCAGGAGCGGUGGUUCUGAGGCAGGGUUCAUCCUGCUGGGAGCCUGGACCCUGAGGUUCAUUAGGCCCAUCUCUUCAUGUCUGGGGAGAGAAGGAGACUUCAGCAGUGAGAAACUUUAUCAUUCCUUCUCCAGCAGCAGCUGGAGAAGAUUGAGGCUGUGAAAAGGCUUCACAGAUGUUUACAGUUGCCCCUCGCUGCAGUGAGAAUACUGCUUCCUGUUUCUCUCCAUCUCCUCUGCAGCCAGGACAGGGAUCUGUAAGCCCCGCCUGGCCUCUGUAGGUGGCCCCUGUCAGGACCAGGUGAGCUCAUCCUCAGGCUCUAGACUUUGGUCAGAGGGCUACUCAUCUGCUGUCUGUCAGCAAGGCAGAAUGUUAAAACGUUUUGAAGAGAGAACAGCACUUCAGUAGACAGGCAGGAAGGCUGAAUUCAGGGAAUUAGCAAACUAUAAUGUAUGGCCCAUGAGCUAAAAAAGGAAGAAUAUGUGACAGACUGCAUGGCCUACAAAGCCUAAGAUAAUUUUCUUUUUUUUUUUUUUU